AUGACAACCACCUUCUUUAUCAUGUUAUCAACCUCAAAGCUUAUUAUCUGCAUCAAUGGACAAAACUAUGAUGAUAUGAAGGCUCAAUUGGCUUCAGUGGCAGAAAUAUGGCUAUGGGAAGUUGGUAGUUGGAAAGCAGUUCGAAGAUUACAGUCUCACAUCUUAACAGUCACUCGGAUGGAAUUCUCACAUGAUGGCAAAUAUAUUUUAGCAGUCUUAAGGGAUCGCCACCUGUCACUCUUCUCUAUAGAUCAAACAGGUGGAAUGGAUGGAAUCAGUUAUAAACUUGUAACAAGACAAGAAGCACACAAAAAAACACUCUUCCACCUCGUGGACCCCGCAGCUGGAGAGAUUCUCAUAGAUGGAAUUAACAUAUCAACAAUCGGACUCCUUGAUCUUCGUUCAAAGUUGAGCAUAAUUCCUCAAGAUCCUACCAUGUUUGAAGGAACUAUUCGAAGCAACUUGGAUCCCCUUGAAGAGUAUAUAGAUGAUAAGAUUUGGGAGGCUCUUGAUAAGUGCCAACAUGGAGAUGAAAAUGGAGAAAACUGGAGUGUGGGUCAAAGGCAACUGGUGUGUCUAAGGCGUGUGCUACUCAAGAAAACCAAAGUCUUGGUUCUUGAUGAGGCUACUGCAUCAGUUGACACAACAACUGAUGGAAUGAUUCAGCAAACACUUGCACAACACUUUACAGAUUCCACAGUGAUAAUGAUUGCUCAUCGUAUCACUUUUGUGCUUCAUAGUGACAUGAUUUUGGUUCUAGAACAAGGUCGGAUUGAUGAAUAUGAUUCUCCAACAAAGUUGGUGGAAGAUAAAUCAUCUUUUUUAACUAUAUCUAUUGCUUCAGCGGUGGCGAUCGAGGAAGCGGUGGCAAUUGCGGAAGCAACGACGAUCGCGAAAGCAGCGACACACAGGCCGAGGACAGCGUGUUGGUCCGGCAUCGACGAAGAGAGCGUGGUGAUGGUCUGCAUUUCUAGCCUCAUCUCGCAAUGCUUUCACCAUCUCUGCUUUUUCUUUCUUCAACACCCAGCUGAUCGUUAUCGUUUACAAAGAGGCAUUUUGUACGGGAUCCUGACAUAA